CCCAUCGAGCAAUGUCCUUUUGUGCUGGGCCUAACAAGUGAAGAUUCAGAGCUGAUUCUGAAUGAGUGUGUACAGCUGACACAAAGCCUGAAGACAACGGAGAAACACCUAUUCCUCUUCAGUGAUUCACUUAUUAUUGCCAAGUUCAAAUCAGGCACAAGCUUCAGACUAAAGCACAGGCUGAACCUCUGUGACUUGUGGGUGGUAUACAGUGAGGAGGAGGAGGAGGAAGAAGAGGAGGCAGCCCGUGAAUUCAGUGUCAACUUGAAGACUUCCAUCAUCCUCAUCUGGCCCACCAGUGUCUGCAUCGCCUCCUUCCGUUCACUUGAGGUGAAAGAACUCUGGCUGGAUACAAUCCUCUGGCAAACACAAGAAGCCAAAGGAACGAGAAUCAGUAAAGUUCCUUCAGCUAAAUUCCUAAUGAAGGUGUUAAGCAGUUGCAAUGCAUCAAAAACACUAAAUGUCAGUACCAUGGAGGCUUUGAUUGAGUGCAGAUCAGAGGCUGACAUCAAGAAAUGCCAGCUUUUGGUACCAUAUGAAAGUGAAGAUGGGCUUUGCCAUCUGAUUGAUAGUAAUAAGAAAAGAAAGAAGGUUAUAUCAUGGCCCUCCAUGCUGAGAUGGAGCUCCAGCAUAUCAGAAUCCUCCGAAUCAACAGAAUCUGACCUAAAGAUUUCUUUGUUUGGUCAGCCUCUGGCAAUCAUCUGUGGUGAGAAUGACACACUCCCUAAACCAAUUCAGGAUAUUCUUAAUAUACUAUACCUUAAAGGAUGUUUCACUGAAGGAAUAUUCAGAAAAGCUGCCAAUGAAAAAGCACGCAAGGAGUUAAAGGAAGAACUGAAUUCAGGUGUAGAAGUUGCCUUGGAAAGCAAAACUGUGCAUCUAUUAGCAGUGGUUCUUAAGGAUUUCCUCCGAAAUAUUCCACAUAAUCUGCUGUCAUCUGAACUUUAUGAUGAGUGGAUGACAGCCUUAGAGAAGCUGAGCCAUGAGGAUAAAAUUGAAGGAGUAAAAGAGGUGGCAGACAAACUACCAAGGCCAAAUCUCUUCUUACUCAAGCAUUUGGUCCUGGUACUUCAUCGCAUCAGCCAACACUCUAAGGUCAACAAGAUGGAUGCCAGCAAUCUUGCUAUUUGCAUUGGUCCCAACAUGCUGAAUCCACAACGUAACAGUACCCUACCACUGGAAGUCCAGAAAGAGAUGAAUGACAAGGUGAAGGCAUUGGUGGAAUUCCUCAUUGAUAACUGCUUUGAAAUAUUUGGAAAUGAAAUAUCUUCACUCCUCAGUCUAUCACCCGAUGAUUCACUGGAAUGCACAGACAGCUCUACAGAACUAAUAUCUACAACUCAGCAAAAUGACUCUGCUUAUGACAGCCCAGAUCCCGAGGUUGAAUGUCAUUCUAGCACCUCCCAGCUUGACCUGCUCCAGCAGACCGAAGGGAGCACAGGAAGCUUGAGUAGCAGAGAGCUACAGUGCCAUCGACCACGGGGCCUACUCCCCUCUGCCUUUUCCAUUGUCCCUUUUAAAAAGCUCAUCAGCUCAAUGGACAGACGAUUCUCAGAGCCAGACAUGCCCUUUGAAGACUGGCCCGAAGGCAGGAUAAGGAGCCAGAAGCUGACUAAAAGCGAGGACAGCUUCACCACCCAAGAGGAACAGCUGGUAUUUCAGGAACCAGAACUUGAAAAGCAACUGCCAGGACAUGUUUUUCCUGGAGGCCAGUAUAGGAAUAAAAAGCCACUAAAUCUAAAAGUGAAAACCAACUUGCCAUCAGACUCUCUACCCAAAACAUCUUCCAGUGGUUCGCUGGAUAGCUCCUUAUCCAGUUCUGACUGUUCUGUCUUUACUAGCUCACCAUUAGCUUCUCCUGCCAGCCCCAAGAGAAACAUCUUAAAUAGACCCCAGUCCUUUUCCACAAAGACUGCAGAGGAAAGCAGUACACCCAACCGAGAGAUCAAAAAACAUUCCAUGUCAUUCUCUUUUGCAACCCGCAAGAGAGACAGCUUCAAGAAGGACUCCAAGAAGGAAAAACAGUUUUCAUGCAGAAGAGUCCAAGAAAACUGUAUUGAUGAUGACAAACCAUUGCCUGCACAGCAUCAACAGAGGUCACAUUUCAGGUCAGCUGAUGAGGUAUUUAGAGAAGUGGACCAGAAGAAUCCUGGCAAACCCCCAUCUUAUGAAGAGGCAACUAAAAACUGCCUGGCAGCUAAAGUUCCUCCAUAUAGUAGCUUAACGGUUCAAACCAUGAGAUCAAGUAUGUCAGAUAAAGAUUCUUUAACAUCUCAUCCACGUCUCAACUAUAAGGAGGAUACAACAGAUCAGAAGGACCUACUCAGUGACAGACUUUCUAUGGUAAAGGAUUUUCAGGCACAAACUGAAACCAUUGACAUUGCUGUUGGGAUCAAUGCCCGGGCAAGUUUACCUGUAACCCCUCGAGUUUAUCGUCUAAGAGCCAUGUCUGAAUCCUAUCAAAAGAACAAACAAGAAUAUCUGAUUCGACGGUGCAGCCAGCCCAUCUUUGAUGUUGACCAGAUCCAGUAUGCUAAGGAAUCCUAUGUUUAGAUAGUCUGUUCAUUUGCAACACCACAGACUAGUAAACAUUGUAAAAAUGGAUAGCUUGCUCAUCAUCCAUAACACUUUAAAAGGGCCAGGAAUAAGCUAGCUUGGCAGGAAUACUUAUUUUGUGUAAAGCUUUCCUGAAGCAAGCGUCUGCCCAACAUUAGCAUGUUCUCUUAGUAUAUUAUAAUAUAGUAUAUUAUAAUAUAGAAAAAAUUGUAUAUGUUGUACAUAAUAUAUUGGGCUGAAAAUCUAUGCAAGAGUUGUGUGAUAAACAGUGUUGUAGUUCUAUACUUAAAGGUACAUGUUCAAAGCUGGGAGGCUCAAAACUUAUCCCAGCUUCCUUUUCUCUUAUUUAGGUAUAUAGGCUCCAUGUGGUCACUUCAUAAAUUUGUUUCCUUCUAACUCAAUGCUUCGCUAAUUGUUACUCUUUUUUUUUUUUUUAAAUGUCUUUAAAGGCUGACAGUUCAUCAGGAUUGGAGAUGUUAGAGAUGGAAAUGAGUUCUUCUAUCAUUCAGUCCUUUCCCACCCUCUGCUAAAUGCAGUACUGCUCCUUAUGUCCAGAAAUCCUCUUGGGUUUCAGUGCCGCAAAGUGAUAGGGUUUCCCCCACUUUCCUGGGGCAACUGUUUCCAGGUCUCUCAGACCGUGCUGUUAGAAAGUUGUCCUUUCUCAUCAGGAAGCAUUUUCUUGAUUUGUUCCCUCAACAAUAAUUCUCCCUCUUUGUUGGUUAUCAUAGUUGCCUUAUCACUUACCAUUAUGUAACUUCAGUCAGGGCCAUGUGAAUGUUGUUAAGUCCCUACAUAAGGAAAAAAGGAUUCCUGCCCUGAAGCCUUGACCACCUAAAUAGACAAAGCAGAGGGUGGAAGAAAAGAAGGAAUAUUUUCUCCAUUUUAGAGUUCCUGAAUAAUUAAAUUUAAAAUGUUGUACAUCAACUUCUCUGACUCAAGCCUUGUUAUAACCUCCUGUAGGGUUUAAUUAUAAAAAACCCAUCUUGGCAGUGUCCUUUUAACUUUAUAAAUAUAAAAAUGACUGGAAGUGUAGUCUGUUGUUAUAUGUAUCAACUUCUAUUUUGAUAGCACUUAACUCUGAUCUCUGGUUAAGAGUAAUCUUGAACUAUGAGAUGAACAACUUUUUCUAGUUUUAUUCCAGCAUGAUUUCACUACAAUAAAGCACUUUUCUGCAUGA